AGCGAACAGAAGAAAAGAGAGACUUAGAAAUGUCAUCUCCGCCUGAGAAUUUGAAUCAUAAUGCGACGUCACUAGGGGCUUCAGCUCUCACCAAUGAGUUAUGGUUGAGAGGCACCACCGUGGCACCGUCUGGCGGCGUGGCAUCGCAGGAAGUGGAGGACUUCCGUUCCUACGCCCACUACAAGAUUAGCUCAGAAAGGGUUUGCAAUACCACGACGGCCAUGAUCGACAGAGACGAGUCGUCGGCCGCCAGCGGCGGCGGAGGCGAGCAGGGCGGAAGGAGGAACUUGGCACCGGGGGCGGAGGAGAGGCGAAUCAACAGGAUAGGAGGAGAGCAUCCCGGAGGACGGGAAGCUGGGGAAGGAAGGAGGGAGGAGGAAGCAGCAGUCGCCGCCGUAGGGAGGGUGACAGGAGGAGGAGCAGGAGGAGCAGGAGGAGGAAGAGGAGGAGCAGGAGAAGGAGAAGAAGGAGCGAGAGGCACGGCUCCUCUUCCUAAUAACAACAAUGGGGACAUUGUUGUCUCGCCCGGGAGGGAGGCCAGACUCAACGAGGCUUGCAAUGGAACCGCCCACGGUCAUACAGAGCCUGGAACAGGAGGAGGAAUGAAAGGGCGAGGAACCAGUGUUGGGGGAGGAGGAGGAGGAGGAGCAGGAGGAGGAGGGAGAACUCUAAGGCCUCACUCGACACCGGCCACCCUGAUGUGGCUGGAGGAGAAUUACGAAAUGGCAGAGGGCGUCUGUAUCCCCAGGAACACCCUCUACCUCCACUACGUCGACUUCUGCGAGAAGAAAGGUCUCCAGCCCGUCAACGCCGCCAGCUUCGGAAAGAUCAUCAGGCAGCAGUUUCCUGGCCUGACGACCAGACGACUGGGAACGCGCGGCCAGAGUCGUUACCACUACUACGGCAUCGCUAUACGCGAAGGCUCCAUCUACUACGAGAUCCACUACAGUAAAAAAGGCAACUCCAGCGGCGAGAUAAAGAAGGAAUCCGUAAAACAGAUGGCGUUGUUUCCAGGUAGAGGGAAACUUUCGACCGUCUUGCCCGAGUUUCCUUCCCUCAAGGACAUCUUGCUCCCUCCUCAUGUGGCCCCUGACAAGGUGGCCACGUUCGUGAUGAUGUACAGAACUCACUGCCAAAGAAUUCUCGACACCGUCAUCAGAGCGAGCUUCGACGAGAUCCAAAGCUUCCUGGUCCACUUCUGGCAGGGGAUGCCGCCCCACCUCGUCAGCAUCCUCGGCUCCAACGUCCUCGUGAAUCUCGUGGGAGUCUGCGACUCCAUCCUCUACAGAGCCGUCUGCAGCGUCCUAAUGCCGUCUGUUCUACAGGCUAUUCCAGACAGCCUGACCCAGGUCAUCCGGAAGUUCACCCACGACCUGGAUUCCUGGCUACGGGUGGCCUUGGAUGACCUCCCACAUAACCUGAGACAAGUUAAAAUCGACCUGGCCUGCCGCUUCUCCAGGAUGCUGAGGCGCCAGACGUCGCUGAACCACCUGUGCCAGGCCUCCAGAAUGGUGCUGCACGCGCCGGACAUCACCCAGCAGAUGCUGCACGACUGGCGCCAGGUCGACCUCGAAGCCAUCACUCGACAGACGGUCUACUCGAUGGACAAGCACACCACCAACGGAGUCACUGUGGAGCUCAUCAUGAAUUUGUACAGCGAAUUUGAGCGACUGCUGGAGGAGGGCGCGCCCUUGGAGGCCUACAGCGAGUGGUUGGAAGCGAUGGUGGAGAGAUGCGUCCUCCUGGGGGCACGGAGGAACAAAGCUGCUAUCCACAAGGUGGCCCACUCGUUUCUCCUGAUGUGGUCCUGCUUCGGCACGAGAGUCAUCAGGGACAUGACGCUCCAUUCAGCUCCAAGUUUCGGCUCCUUCCAUUUGUUGCACCUGAUGUUCGACGACUACGUCUUGUAUUUGGUGGAAUCCCUCCAUGCCGAGGAGAAGGCUCGCGAACUCCUCAACAACAUCGCCACCGACACUCCUCCAGAUUGCUCCGACCCCGGAUUUGGAGAUCCAGAUAACGAGGACAGCUUGCACGCCCUCUCCUUCCUCAUGGGCGGCUCCACUACCAUCGGACCACAGACCGUGAAUCCUUCCAACACCCCUGCGCUGUCGCCCAAUUCGCACAUGGCCCACGAUCUGCACAUCUCGCCCACUCCCAAUACUGUUCUAGGGUUGGACGGAGGCCUUGUGGAAGAUGAUGGCAGCAUGGACUACAUCUCCUCAGGGGUGCCACCUUCAGCAGGAGUGACAGGCCAUGGCGAGACCUCAGGCCCGGCUCAGACGACGCCCGUUGCUGUGACAACGGCUGCUGCCGCUGCAGGGGCUCCUCCAGCACCCCCAUCAGUGUCAGCAACUUCAGCGCCUCCUACGGGCGGGAGCGGAGGUGGUGCAGGCGCAACGGCAAUAGGAGGUGACUAUUACAGUUAUGACUAUGACGCUGCUCGAAGUUACCGAAUUCCGUCUACCCUCGUUGGAAGAAACUACCUCUACCCACCUACGUCUAUUGCUAUUAACCAGUACUACCAAGAUGGAACCAGCAUCGACGUGAGCUCGAGCGAUGACAGAUCUCGAGGAAAUUCGACAGUCGUCAGCGGAAGUGGAGCCUCUGUUGGAAGUGGUGGGAAUCUCUUGCAUGGUGGAGGAGGAGGAGGAGGAGGAAGUGGCGAGGGAGGAGGAGGAGGAGGUAACACAGUAGGAGGAGGAGACCCUCUUGUGUAUGGAAAUCUCAGAGGUAGUGAUACUUACGUCGACUGCUCAACAGUCUACUAUCCGGACCAGUCUAUUCUGUACUCCACCAACUAUUACCAGACGUACGAUCCCUCUUAUUAUACGAAUAGGUUUAAGCCCAAAGACGUGGAAGGAUAGUGAAGGAACCAGCAUGCUAAUCCAGACGGAAGUUUUCGCACCUGAUGCCGCUCUGAAACGGUCCGAGAAUUUGAGAAAGCGUCCACUACUGCAUUGGAGAGGAAACAGAGACACGGCCAAAAAUGAGGAUUAGUACUGAUGAAAACGAAAGUGCGGAGAGAGAGAGAGAGAAAGAAAAACUAUAUCCUAAAGAAAUGUGCGAGGAGGAGAAAGAGAGAUAGUUUAAAGUGAAUGAAAACUAAACUCACCUUAAGGAGAGGUGAAUGUGAAUAUACUGACGUGGCCCGCUGCGUCGAAUUCGUGAUACAUUCCUCAGCUGUGUGAUAUUCUGGGGAACUGGUUUCAUCACGGCACGCUUUUACAGAAUUAUCGAUGCUCAUCUGACCCUUGGGAUGAUAGCAUUAACAGCAGCAUCCACGAAUCUCGAGAAUGACAGUUGUUUUUGGACGUAGACAAGAACUCGGGGUUUACGAGAGCUGAAACACGUGUAGUACUAUCGACGUACCUUCAUAUCCUGUAAGAUUAAAAACCUGGCGCUCUAUUCCCAUUUCUCUGAGUGGUCGUUCUUUGUUUACAAUGGCCUGUCGUUAUUCAUCUGUUUUAAAUCUUUUACAUUUGGACAUAUCGCUCUCUGUUUUCUGAUUUUACCCUAGACUCACGCUAAAUCCAAUAAUCAAAGCGGAAACUAGCCUACACCUUCGAUACUUCGUAAGGUAAUAAGAAUAAAACAAUUGCUAAACACCUGCUUUAUUUUUUUUUUUUUUUUUUUGUCACGCUAUUAAAGCAUGAAUCAGACAUGAUGACAAAAAUCACUUACAAAGUUUGACUUGCUGUAUCUAUGUCUACGUCAA